UACUUGUUUUUGUUUGUUUGUUUGUUUGGGCGCUGGAAUGUUUUGCAGGAUUUGAUCGUGGAAGUCCUCGGACUGCACACAUCAUUACAAUGAUGAGUUCCCCAAGAAACUUGGAAUACGAGCAGCUAUGGCUUAAUGCUCACACUGACACCCGUGCAGCAGUUUAUACGUUCAGCUCUUGUAUAACGUUGGCAGAUUUAAAUGCUGAUGGUGAUUUUAAGCUAGUAGUUGCAGAUCUUGGUACUGGUUCAACGAAUGUCAAACUAAAGGUUUAUAAAGGAACUUCCUUACAUUCUGAGACAGCCCUACUGGAUGUACCCACUGGCGUAACAUCAUUUUACAUGGAUUUAAAUGAGCCUAGAAUGCCAGCCAUUGCUGUAGCAUCAGGGUCCAACAUUUACAUUUAUAAAAAUAUGCGUCCCUAUUUUAAAUUUUCCCUGCCUUCAAUGGAUAUCAACCCUCUGGAGAAAGAUUUGUGGAUGCAGGUACGAGAUGAACAAAUUGAACAUGGAGUCUUCAUUGAGUUACUGAACAAUCUACGCGCUGAAAUUGGGUUUUCCCAGAUGAGUACACAGUCUCAACAUCUGCUAACCUUAGACUCCUCAAAUACAUCGUCAUUUGUCCAACAAAACUGCAAAUUUCCUGUAAAACGACAGACUGUAGUUACAUGCAUGACAACAUUAAAAAAGGCCCUAGCUGAGGAGACUGCAGUGUCGUGUUUGGUUGUUGGUACAGAAAGUUCUGAGAUAUUGGUUUUAGAUCCAGAAGCAUUUACUAUCCUAGAAAAGAUAAAACUUUCAGACGAAGAUAGUACAACACUGGCUGUGCCAGCUGUACUUUCUGCAUGUGGUCUGCAUGCUGUGGAGUUUCGCAUAGUGGCAGCUUGCAGAGAUGGCAGUUUGAGGCUUGCUCGUAGAGGAUGGACUGAAACUAAAACCUUGGUUCAACUUCCUGCUCAACCUGUUGCCAUGACUAUUAGUCCAGACAAUGCUUCAAUAACCAUUGCAUUGAUGAAUCAAACACUGCAGUGCUAUUCAAAAAAGGGCAAGCUGCAAUGGAUGAUCAAUUUACCUGCUGCUGCAUGUGCAUUGUGUCCAGUACCCUUGCCGCACCAGAGUGCAACUCUUGUUGCUGUUUCCUUGAAUGGUGGUUUGCUUCAACUUUACAAUGGCAGACAGCUGGUCGAUGUGAUAAAAGCCCCACAGUCUGUGUCAGGGCUAGUUUUUGGUAGAUUUGGGCAAGAAGAAAAUGCUCUUAUAAUGUUCACUGUCGAUGGCAGUCUUUUGGUUAAGAUUCUGAAAAGGACUGCUCAUUUUAACUUGAAUGGUGGAGGCAAUACUGCCAGUGUUGCACCUGGUGCUGCCCAACAAAUAAAACUCCAAAUUCCCAAAAAGACCCGACUAUUUCUUGACCAGACAAUGCGAGAACGAGAUAAUUGCGUCAUGAUGCACAGGACUUUUCAAAGAGACCUCUUCCAGCUUAGAGUGGAUGUGGCCAGAGCCUGUGUGAAAGCAUUGCAGUCAUGCAACAACCCAGUUUCUCUGGAAGGGGCAGAACCACUCAAACUUUCAGCACAGGUUUUGGGACUGGGGCCAUUAUUUAAAAUGGUAAUUUCUCUUCAGAACAUAUCAGCUUCCUCUAUGAUCCAAGGAUUGGGUAUCCUCUUUCAUUUUGAUGACAAGAUGUACUCUAUGGAUAAACCAUUCAUCAAUGUCCCACUUUUGGUGCCUGGAUUAGAGUAUCCCUUUGAAACUAUGAUUCGGAACAUAUCGGAACUAGCUCUCUCAGAUCAAGUCAGAGUCUUAGUUGUAAAAGACGGACAAUCACAACCUGUUUUAGCAGCCAUAAUUAAUAUGCCUGUUUGUGACCUGUUAGGAAUGGUGUGAAUCAUUAGGAAAAGCCCUGCAUAUUCACUUCACCACAAAAUAAUUGUGUUCAUUGCAUUGUUUUACAUCUGCACACUGUGAUAAUUCUAGUCAUUGAUUGAAUUAUGUAACCUUUUUUUUUUUGCUGUAAUAUUUAAACAUAGUACACAUAUAUUUAAAAUUUAUUAAUAAAGAAAGAUCCUAA